AACGCUUCAAUUCGUAUAAUUCUCAACGCAGACUGUAAAAGACCAACAUAAAUAUAAAUGUCGGUAACGUAAAGCGCCAGCUUAUAUUACCACUUUCAGACAGUUCGGCCCAAUUUCCUUAAAAAAAAAUGUCUAUUCCAAUCGAGUGAUUUGUUGCGAUUGCCCUUCUCUUCAAAAUACACUCACAACAUAGUCGUAGAAUAUUCCUCUGAUGAUGGCAGUCGUACGAGUUUCUGUAAAGUACCCUUUUCUAAAAAAUACAGUCACAAAAUAGUCAUAGAAUAUGCCCCUGAUGGUAAUAUUCCGACGUGUAACUUUUCAAAUGAUAAUAUCCCGGAUGGUAAAUAUAUGAAUAUCACGGGAUUACUUAAUGGAUAUUAUUUCGUAUCCCGACUGGUAGAUGGAAGUCGUACGAGUUUCUAUAAAGUCAAAAAUGUCAACUAAAGCUCCUAUGUCGGCUGCUUUUACAACUGUACUACAUUGUCCAUGCGAGAGGUUAUGUAGCAGCGCGCUAAAAUAGAAAGUGUCGACACUGUAUGAGAAGACAUGAACAAAUUACUAACGUCACCAAUUAAGCAAAUAAGUAAGAAGAUCUCUGCUGGUGAGAUACAACCCUCGGAGGUUUGCAAAGCUUCCGUUAAAUUGACCCAGGUUAUAAAACCUUUGAAUGCAUAUAUUAACGUGACCACAAAUGAAGCGGAGAGGCAGGCUGAAGAAUCCGAUGAAAGGCAACGAAAGAAGAAAAUGCUGGGACCGCUGGAUGGUAUUCCGAUAGCUGUAAAAGAUAAUUUCUGUGUAGAAGGACAUCCUACUACGUGCGCUUCUUUGAUGCUGUCAAAUUUUGUACCUUCGUACGAUGCUACUGUAUAUAGCAGACUUAGAAGCGCAGGAGCUGUAUUAGUCGGGAAAACUAAUCUCGAUCAAUUUGCAAUGGGCUCUGGUACUGUAGAUUCGUAUUAUGGUCCAACGAAGAACUUGUGGGGAUCGGAUGUAGCAUCUAAUUAUGUGUACGUGACUAAGGACUCUUCAUAUGAAAUGGGAAAAACUGAUAAUGAAAGCAACUGGCACAUUGCAGGUGGAAGUAGCGGAGGAUCUGCUGUAGCCGUGGCCACGGGGUCCUGCUUCGCAGCUCUAGGAUCGGAUUCGGGAGGUUCAACACGAAAUCCAGCAUCCUACUGUGGCCUUGUUGGACUGAAACCAUCCUAUGGUUUGGUAUCCCGUCACGGUCUUAUUCCUUUGGUAAAUUCUAUGGAUGUGCCAGGUAUUCUGGCUCGGACAGUGGACGAUGUCGUUCUAGUCCUCAAUGCCGUUGCCGGUCCAGAUCACUUGGACUCGACGACUUUGCAGAGACCUUAUAUUCCAUUUGAGCUACCCAACAGUCCAGAAAUGACGGACCUAAAAAUUGGAAUACCAAAGGAGUAUCGCGCUCCGGUACUCAGCGAAGAAGUGGACCUUUGCUGGCGGAAAGUGGCGCAGAUGUUGGAGGAAGCUGGUGCAACCAUUGUUCAAGUGUCCCUGCCUCAUACCGACCUCUCCAUAGUCUGUUAUUCGGUUCUAAAUCAAUGCGAAGUGGCCAGCAAUAUGGCACGCUACGAUGGUAUAGAGUUUGGACUAAGGGCCGAGGAAGACAGUUCUACCGAGGAACUUUAUGCCAAGACGAGAAGCUUAGGCUUCAAUGAAGUGGUUAGAAGCAGAAUAUUAACAGGCAACUAUUAUCUCCUGUCAGAGAACUACGAAGAUUAUUUCGUCAAAGCAAUGAGAGUGCGCAGGCUUAUAGCCCAGGACUUUGACAAAACGUGGCAAGCCAAUGUGGAUAUUCUGCUCACGCCUACAACCUUAUCCGAUGCCCCUACGAUUCAGGAAUUUACAACGACUGAUAACCAGACUCAGUGUUCCGUUCAAGACUUUUGCACACAGCCGGCCAAUAUGGCUGGUCAUCCAGCUGUAAAUGUUCCUAUAACUAUUUCUAAUAAAGGGUUGCCAAUAUCUCUGCAACUCAUGGCACCCUUUCUUCAAGAACAGCGACUUCUCAUGGUGGCUAAGUGGAUCGAACAAAAUGUACAGUUUCCACGCCUCGUGUUGAAAGAUGAAUCCUUAUUAAAUCAGGUCAAAUGAUACGACUAGUUUUGUCACAUUGUUAAUCAUUUAGAUAGACAAUUUUAUUGAAAAUAUACAAGUUCUGUACGUUGGUUUUUGACGUAGAACUGUGUCCAUUCCGGCCGUUUGUAGCUAGGUAUGGGGUGUACAUUAAGAAAUUGAAUGUUACGAAAAUAUGAGAUAUAGCCGUCAUACUUCUACCGAUCCUACUUCUCGCAUUAUCUGUCUAUACUUGCAAUGUAUGACCAUAAAACCUACAGUGUCACGGUUUCGAUCCCCUAUAAAUGGUAGCGUACAUAACAAUAUUUCUUUUUCUGGCACCAUCAGGACGUAGUUCUACGUGAAUAUACGCAGUAUAGUGUUUAAUAAUGUGGUGCUUUUGUCGAUUUUAUUGUAUCGAUAGCAUGAGCUCCAUACAAUUUUCCAUAAUUCAAAGUACGUGGAGUUGAUGGACCCCUACCUUUAAAAACCUGUAAUUUCUUUAUCUUAAUAUUUUGCC